AGGAGGUCGAUCGAGUGCGCUUUUCAGUUCCAGUUUGUGUUCCCGUCUCGCUAGCAGCUGGCGUGCGGCACGACCGCACUUGCCACUCGUUUUACUCAAAAUUAUUCAAUCGCUCAUUCUCAUCACCCCGAAUAGUGUGCCGUAAAAUCUCAUGUGCGCCAGCGUACGCGCAGAUGUGUAUAUUGUGUUGUGAUUAAGUUAUCAAACGUUCGCGGCGAGAAUUACAGUUACUUUUGAAAAGAAGUUGUAAGAAAAUCAAAUCAAGAUGGCGAUCUUCGGUAUGGCGUCCGCGGUGGCGGGCUUCGUGAAAGUCCGCUACCUGAUUGACAAAGCCGUCAUUGACAACAUGGUCUUCCGAAUGCACUACAGAAUCACCUCCGCCAUAAUGUUCCUGUGCUGUAUACUUGUGACCGCAAAUAAUCUGAUCGGUGAUCCAAUAUCCUGUAUCAAUGACGGUGUCAUACCAAAUCACGUGAUCAAUACAUACUGCUGGAUUACAUACACAUUCACUCUGCCGAAUACAGCAUCGAAGGGCAUUUCGCAUCCCGGCCUUGGAAAUGAAUUUGGCGAAGAGAAAAGGAUCCAUUCAUACUAUCAAUGGGUCCCGUUCAUGCUUUUCUUCCAGGGAGUAUUGUUCUAUCUCCCACAUUGGAUUUGGAAGAACUGGGAAGAGGGCAAAGUCCGUAUGAUCUCAGAUGGUAUGCGAGGCACCAUGGCAACGAUUGACGACAGUAGGACUAACCGUCAGAGUCGACUAGUUCAAUAUCUCAUAGACACCCUUCACAUGCACAACACCUACUCUUUUGGUUACUUCUUUUGCGAAGUUUUAAAUUUCGUUAAUGCUGUCGGGAAUAUAUUUUUCUUGGACACGUUCCUUGGUGGCGCUUUCUUGACCUAUGGUACGGAUGUGGUGAAGUUCUCAAAUAUGAACCAAGAAGACAGAACCGACCCUAUGAUUGAAGUAUUCCCAAGAGUCACCAAAUGUACAUUCCACAAAUUCGGAGCUUCUGGAACAAUCCAGAAACACGACUCGCUUUGCGUUCUUGCCCUCAAUAUUCUGAAUGAGAAGAUAUUCAUUUUCCUUUGGUUCUGGUUGAUCAUCCUCUCAGUCGUAUCUGGUCUGGCGCUAGUUUACUCAGCUGCUGUCAUACUUCUACCUAGCACUCGCGAAACAAUUCUCAAGAGACGCUUCCGAUUUGGUACACCUAACGGUGUCGAAGCACUGGUUAGAAAGACACAGGUUGGCGACUUCCUUCUCCUGCAUCUAUUGGGACAAAACAUGUCGCUUCGUGUGUUUGGUGAAGUGUUAGACGAAUUAGCGAGGAAAUUACACUUCGGUUCGAACCCACCGUCUGCUCCUUCUACCAUCGAAAUGGCGCCCAUUUACCCCGAUAUUGACAAGUUCUCCAAGGAAACAGAGACGUAAGAAUUCUGGUGGAAGAACAAUACACCUUUGUACUGAUAUCUGUUUAAUCCAAAGGCUCAAAUACGUUCCCUGAGAUCACUGCAAAACUAAAGCUUCUUGAGAUUCGAAUUUGAGUUUUUGGAGCUACUGUUCCUACUUGUUGUAUUGUUCUAUUAUUCGUGCGAGUUGCUCGAGAGGGAAAAAUGUAAAUUGAUAUUUCCAUUGUGUACGUAUAGCGAACUCAUGACAUUCCUAUUUUAAUGUAGACAAUGUUUUUAACGAAGCCACAUAUUGCCUUUAAUGCGGACAAUUGUAAUAAAAGUGUGAAUGAGAGAAUAUUUUUAUAUAGAAACAUGUAUAACUUUUGUGAUUUCGAAAAUAUGUAGUUGCUUUACGAUUGUUCAAAAUCUAAACAUAUCAGGGUAAUAUAAUAUUUUGUACUAUUGAUUGGUGAACUUAAAUAGUAAUUUUAGUGUUAUGGUAAAAAAAGACAAUUGUCAUUAUAUUAAAAAGCAGUCUGGUUUUGAGACUGUUUCAAUAUUCAAAGGCUGUCAAAAUUCCAUUUGUUGUUAUGAAUUUAAAACUAUCAAAACUCGUCCGCAUGCUAUUAGAUUAUGUUAUUGAAAGACGCGAUAAAUUCCUGCAACUUUCAAUCCUCAAACGACACUAUAAUAAUCUGCGCGCAAAUUAGCAUUAUAUUAACUGUUUUACUUUAAAAUCAGAUCUUUUAGUUAUAUUAAUUUCAACUAAUGUAUAAAUCAAUGUAUACUGAACUAUAUUGUAGGCUAUUGCAUGCUUAUUAUUACUGUUAAUGAACAGAAAAGACAGUUAAGUCAAUGUUCGAGUACAAAGUAGUGUUGUGUACAGACACUUUGACUAGCCUUAUUGGGUAUUUCUGAAGAUUUAUAUAAUUUUGAUGAUAUUAGGAUAAGUAGUGAGCAUAUUGGUGCAAGUUGCAGUGUCAAAUGAUAUUUUUAUACUCGCGUUAUUUACUCCCAACGUUGUGCCAUUAUAGAAAGAUUUUUUGGCGUAAAAAUUUUAUAACCAGAAGUGCAUUUUACUAGGAGAACAUCUACGGAAUGCCCUACUCAUUUAGGACCAAUUUAUUGUAUGCCUUUUUGUAUUUAGUGUAAGACUUUUCAGUCAAUUUAGCCAUAUACAUAAUUAUAAGAUUUAUAUGUUAAGUGACUUCCAAGAAUCUCGACAAAUGUUUCUUCCAUAUGAA